AAUCGGCAAGCUCCGUGGAGCAAAACGAGCGGACAACGUGCGGCCAACCCGAACUGUCAGCUGUAGUCCUGUGCCGAGUACCAACCAGCUCGACAGAGACACCCGGAAGGCACGAAAGUCAAUUUGAGAGGGCAGCAUGAAUCGAUUCAAGACUUCCAAAUUCAAAAACACCACUCCGAAAAUUGCCAAGAAAGAUGGGUGGAUCAACGAUGUCCGGGCUGGUUCCUUCUCCUGCCAGGGGAACCACAUCAAAGCCAGCUCCAAGCUGGUGGCCUUCAACACGGAGCAGGCUGGUGGAGGUAUGCUGGGCCUGUCCUCAGUCAGACCUGGUUCAGAUGGCCAGUGGACAGUCACCCAGAUUUCCUGUCAUUCAGAUCUGGUGACUGACAUGGACUUUUCUCCCUUUGAUGAAAGUCUCCUGGCAACGUGCUCUGGAGAUGAAACGGUGAAGUUGUGGCGUUUGUGUGAUCCCGAGCUGCCGCAGUCCAGCAGUCCAGAGCUGACCCUACGUCCAGGUCAGGGCAGGCUGGAGCUGGUGCUUUUCCACCCCACCUCCUCUGGCUUGCUGGCUGUCAGCACCACCAAGUCACCCCUGAUUUGGGACACCUGCCGCCAGGAUGCGCCGCUAGCAGUUCUGGAACAGCACAGUGACCAGCUGCAGAGUCUGAGCUGGAAACAAGAUGGUUCACUGCUGGCUUCCUCCUGCAAGGACAAGAUGGUGCGAGUUUUUGACCCCAGAGCCCAGCUGACAUCUGUUCAGAGUGCCAAGUGCCUUCAGAGCAACAAGGAUUCAAGGAUCCUGUGGGCCAAAGACGACCAUUUGCUCACCACAGGCUUUGAUAUGAUGCGUAGUCGGGAGGUGAAGCUUUGGGACAGGAGGAAUCUGAGCUCUUCGGUCGGCUCGGUGUCACUCAGCACUUCCAACGGGACGCUGAUUCCUCUCUUUGACGAUGACACUGGUCUGCUCAUACUGGCUGGCAUGGGAGACACAGUGGUUGAUUGUUUCGAAGUGUCCGCCUCUGAGCCGUUCCUCUCGCAAGUGAGCCACUGUCUGAUGGACACCCCAACGCGAGGAGUUGCCUUCGUGCCCAAGCUGGCGUUGGAUGUCAUGUCCUGCGAAGUGAUGUGUGUGCUCCAGCUGACCGACAGCUGCGUCGUGCCAAUCAGCUAUCAAGUCCCUCGCAAGCAUUCAGGCCAGGAGUUUCAGGAAGACCUUUACCCAGAUACAGUGGGCACAACAGCAGCCAUGUCUGCUGAGGAGUGGUGGCAUGGAGGAAACAAGCAGGUGGAGAAAGUCAGCCUUCACCCAGACAAACAGCCCAAACCGAAGGCUCCACCAGCGAAACAGGUGCCUGCAAAGAAGGAGCUGGCCAGUGGGGGGAGCAAGGAGGAUCCUGCACGCGGUUGCUCCACCUCCAGCAGUCCUCUUACCACUCCCAGCAGCAGCGCCGCCCCGUCCCGUUCUCCCUCCUCCACCUCUGGCCUCUCCUCAGGCUUCCUCCCCAGCCCGAGUCCCAGUCAGAGCGCCAAGGCUAUCCACAGCCUCCUGGGGCCAACCUCCAAGUUCCGUCACAUCCAGGGAUCAGUGAUGCACCGAGACACACACAUCACUAACCUGCGUGGCCUCAAUCUGACCACACCAGGCGAGAGCGACGGUUUCUGUGUCAACCCCCAGCGUGUGGCGGUGCCUCUCGCCAUCUCCGGAGGCCAGAUCGCCAUCUUUGAGCGCUCUCAGCCUGGCAGGCUACCAGACACAGCCCUGCCCACCAUUCAGAACUCUGUAAAUGUAGUGGACCUCUCUUGGGACCCUUUUGACAAUCAUCGACUGGCUGUGGCUGGUGAUGAUGCAAAGAUCCGAGUGUGGCAGGUGCCAGAGAGGGGCCUGAAAGAGACCCUGACUGAACCUGAGCUCACCUUGCAAGGCCACACAGAGAAGAUUUACUCCAUCAAAUUCCACCCACUGGCCAGCGGACUGCUGGUGUCUUCAUCCUACGAUCUCACAGUCAGACUGUGGAAUCUGGACAGUGGGGAUCAGGUGAAGCUCCUCACUGGACACCAGGACCAGGUCUUUGGGAUGGCGUGGAGCCCAGAUGGAAAGCUUCUGGCCACAGUUUGCAAAGACGGGAAAGUUCGCAUCUAUGACCCCCGCAAGGCCUCUACCCCAGUGCAGGAGGGUCCAGGUCCUGAGGGCCACAGGGGAGCUCGUGUGGUCUGGGUGUGUGAGGGCAAGUACCUGUUGGUGUCAGGAUUUAACAGUCGCAGCGAGAGAGGACUCUACCUGUACUCUGCUGACUCCCUGUCCUCUGGAGCCAUAGCCAGCACUAAUGUAGACGUCUCCCCCUCCACCCUCAUCCCUUUUUAUGACCCCGACACCAGUGUGAUCAUCCUCACUGGAAAAGGUGAUACCAGAGUGCUCAUUUAUGAGAUAGUCCCAGAUGCUCCGUACUUUUUUGAGUGCAGCAGUUUCAACUCCCCCGAUCCACAUAAGGGCUUGGCCUUUCUGCCUAAGAUGGAGUGCAACGUGCGCGAUGUGGAGAUCGCUGUGGGUUUAAUGCUCACCAAGACCACCAUAGAGCCGGUGGCUUUCAGAGUGCCGCGGGUCAAGAAAGAGUUUUUCCAGGACGACCUGUACACAGACACAGCAGUCUGUUGGGAACCAGCGCUGACUGCCUCUGCCUGGCUCUCUGGCUCCAACGGCCAACACAAAAAGAUCAGCCUCAAGCCAAAAGACAUGACGCCAGUGAGUGAGGCUCCCAAAGAGGCUCCAGUUAGGAAAUACCUGCCUUCAUCUGUUUACCUGGAGGAGAAGACUGAUGAACAGAAGAAAGAGGAACUGCUUAGUGCCAUGGUGGCUAAAUUGGGGAACAUGGACGACCCGCUGCCUCAGGAGUCCUUCGAGGGGGUCGAUGAAGACGAGUGGGAUGACUAGACAGGACGUCAUCUCGCCUUUGGUUCGAUCGUGGUGCCAGCAGCAGAGAGGAGAGAACAGAUCACAUGCCGAAUUGCCAUUUGCGUCCGCCACCCACAUGACCUCUUAGCUUAAUCAGCUUAAUCUCAGCCUCCUGCACACACAAACAAUACUGUAAAAUGUGAAAGUAUUGGUGAUUUGGGAAGAGAAAAUUACAAUAACCACAAUGGCGUCUGGUGUUUGUAAGUGUCACAAAAUCUGGCUUGGAAAACUCAAACGUCACGUCGUCGAGUUGGUGUUCACCAUGUCAGACUGCAUGAAAUUUGAUAUGAAAGUGCUGUACUUGUUAGAUAUUUCAGGAACCAUUAUGGGAUCAAUCUGAUGUAGUAAUUGCUUUGCUAUAUUGAUUUAGACUGCAAAGUGACACCACGUUAUUUGUGAUAUUUUGGGGAAAAAAAUCCCUCCAUGUAAGAUUAAAAAUACAUGUGUAAUAAUCACUGUUCUAAGUCAGUGCAAGGCAAAUUAAACAGCAAGGAAAUCAAAGCAAUAAAAACUUCUGCUUUAGGCUACAUUACCGGUCACGCUGACGACAAAUAACUGUUUUUAAAAAUGAAUUUUAGCACAGCUUUUCUUUUCCUCUGUGGUAUGUGGUCGUAGUUUAAGCAUGAUAAUGAAAAUGAGCUCCUCUUGUGCCCAGUCUGUCAUUUUCUGCUCUCAAGAUAUCAGGUUUUUCACUUCCACAGUGGACCACUGCUUGCUUUUUCUACCGGCCAGUCUUAUGAACACACUCAGCCACAAUGUGUCUCUGAAAGAUGUGACGUUGCAAAAAAUGAGGGGGUAACGCUCACAGUGAAAAAGUGAAUAUCAUGCAUCUGAAAACAAAAACCCUUUGUCUUCCUGUUCGGUCAGGUGAAACACACACACACGGUUACUGUAACACUGAAGAUACAACAGGGUCACCAGUGUUCAUGUUUGGCCAUGAACUGGAAUUUCUAAUGACGACAACUUUAAGGUUACUUUUCUUUGUUAGACAAUGAUAGAGCUAGAUGCCAUUUUAACACGAUGAUGUGCUUGUGUAUGUGUACAGGGUUGAUUUGACUGAAUGUUUUGUCAUACGGUGGUCACAUAAUAGUCUUAUGAGUAGGGCUUAAAGGUCAAUGAAACUGAGAUGUUGUUAUGCUUUGAAAGCCAAACCAGAGGGGCCUUUGUAUACUCUGAGACGAUUGUCUUCGUGUUUGGUGGGUUUUUUAAUCGUGAUCUUUGUUGGUUUGGUGGCAUUCCUCUCUUAAAUGGCCUAAUCUUCUAAUGUUUAGUAGUAGUGAGUAAUCAUGAUGUUAGUCAGACAAUAACAGUGCAGUAUUAAUUACUUACAAUGCAGCCAUCGUGUAAUUUACCUGUCAGGGCUACAGCAAUAUCUAUAACAAUUAUCCAGGCUUGAACCCACUGAGUUUACAAUCUCUGAUGGACUGAAAUAAACCAUCGAUUCAUGCACAUCAUGUUGUGCACAUGAACUGCAGCUGUCGUCAGUGUUUGUGUGGCGUAUAUUGUAUGUGCUUGUGAUUCUCAAUGGCCAUAUUUUGUAACAUUGGGAUUGGAUUAACUUGCCUUCCGUUGUGCUAAAAAAACAACUUCCUUUUUAUACAGUGAGUAAAGCAUUGUUAUGUUUUUCUGUCUUACAUGAGUAAUGGUCUGUGGAUUUUUUUUCUCAAUACUGUCUUACAAUAAACACCUUUUGGAUACAGUA